ACACAGCAGAGCAGGGCAGAGAAGCCGAGAACCAAGAGCUUGUUCAUCUUUAGCUUCGUCGCCGUAAAGCUGCGGUCGUGUGGGGAAGGACCCUGAUUGGCUGCUGCCAGGCCUCCACUAGGGGUAAUAUAACUCCGGCUGGUGUUUGAGGUGUGCCAUACUCUGCACACUGCCCGGGCUCUCACUCGCUCAGCACACCGUGCCACUUCCGCCUCCGCUUGAAGGAGAGAAAACGAAGGAUGAACAAGAUGCUGGUUCCUGUUUUCACAGUCCUGCUGUACUUCGCAACGGCGGGCGCCCUCCUGUGCCACGUGUGUGUCAGACAGCAGCCGAACAAGACGUGUCUUGCAGGGAAAAGCAUGUGCAAGGCGGCUCCGGGGGAAUCCUGCUACCUCCAGACACUCCUCCUGGGGAACUUCCCCCUCUAUGCACAGCAGGGCUGCUUCAGAGAUUGCCAGGACCAAGUCGGAGGCACAUUCAUCCGUCACGACUUCCGCUGCUGCACCGAAGACUUCUGCAAUGCCUAGGGGCCAUGGACGCCGCCUCCCUUCCCACUCACUUGGGGGCAGCUGCACUUCUGGAGGAAGUCCACGUUCUCCCCUCCCCCGUCCCUCC